CCUUGAGAUGAUGAACCAGCUUGAACUUCUAACCAUCGUUUCAUGCAGAUGGAACCUGAAAGCGCCAGGGAACUGCUUGACAGUGUGGAAGGCGAAAUAUCUUUCUUUCGCUCGGUCAUGAGAGCGAGGCCGGUCGGGCUACACAAGCACUUCCACGUCUUAGCCAUACGCAACUCUAUCUACACCGACACCGGUCGAGUCGUUCCCGUCCAAUGUAUAUGGGAAAAGUUGAAAUCGUGCUACGACCUCGACGCGUUGGAAGCAGCGGAAUUCGACGGUUAUUAUGCGAACACAUCAACCCCCUCAAGUUCACAAGCUAUUAGGUCCCCGUCGCCUUCAGAAAAUCUCUCGAUGCACCCAUAUUUCAAGGAGGAGUAUUCGCUACCGGCCGAUGAGGCUCUUGACUCGCUUGUCGCAGCCCGCCGCCUCCGGGCUACAGCAUCCAUACCAUCAUCUACACCAGCCCCUUCCCCGCGUCAGCCUCACAGAACGAGAAAGGCUAAAGCACCCAGGCGGAACAAAGAUAAAGUCGAUAUGGCUGGCCUAGUUGGGGGUGACAGCGAUAGCAGCGCACUCACACAAGAAGAGAGUGGUGAUGAGGAAGUCUUUACUCCAAGGGACAGUGUGUUAACGGGAACAGAUGCUGGGACAGACUACGAGGAAGACGUUGAGGAGAUAUCUUCCGGUACGUGGUCGAGACAAAUGAUAUUCAUAUGGUUUUCGUCACUUGUCAUGAUUGCAGGUCAACCCAAACCUACCCGCGGUCGAGGCGCAAAACCUGGGCGAGGGGGUACAGCUGGGAGAGCACGGGUGGCCUCCACUGCUGCACGUGGGACAAAAAAGAGGAAAAAAUAGAAGA